GUGAGAGAAGUGUUUGUUUACUUAAAUUAAUUAUGCAUUUUUAAAUAAUUUGGUUGUAAUUUUAUGUUGUUAUUGUGAUAAGCAUUAUAAUCAAGAAUGAGGUCAUGUGUAUAUUGCAAGAGACUCUACAAAAAAGACAGUCACAUAUCAUUUCACAGACUUCCAAAAGGUUUGAAGGAGAAAAAAGUUUGGCUGCAAAACAUGAAAACCCACAACUGGACUCCUAAAACAUAUUACAAUUAUCUAUGUUCAUUACAUUUCAAUGACGAAUGUUUCGUCAAACAUUUCAGUAGAACAGCAUUGAAACCAGGUAGCAUUCCUACAAUAUUUGAAGGAACAUCUACCUUUGCAUCAUCGCCUCAUCCGUCAAUGUCUACAUCUUCGCCUCGUCCGUCAACGUCUACAUCUUCGCCUCGUUCGACAACAUCUACGUCAUUGCCUAGUCCGUUAACUACAAUUACAAAAUCAGCUAAUAUACAUACUAGUUCAGCCAAACGAAAAUUACUUUGUGAUGCAAAUAUUUUAGAAUUAUCAGAUCAGUCAAAGAGGGAUCAAGAACAGCUUACUGAUCAUGAUUAUGAAGUCUUAUCAACUCCUAAAAAGGCAAGAAUCGAAGUUGGAUUGUUACAUGACCAUUGUUAUGAAAUUACACCAAGAUCAUUAAAAACAGUUGCCCAGCAAACAAGAAGAUCCUUAAAAUUUGCAAAAGCAAAAGCAAAAACUUUAAGCCAGCGUGUAAGGAGGUUGGAAUUAAAAAUAACCAACCUCAAAAGUGUCAUAAAUGAUUUAAUUUAAAAAAAUAAGGUGUCGGAAGAAUGCAUUCAAAUGUUAAAACAGCAUAAUGACUUCCAAAUGGAACUUUUUAAUAGAGUGCUUAAAAACAAGGGGAACAAAACUAAGUCAUGAUAAAUACCCCCCACAGUUACGUGUUUUUGCAAUAACUCUUCAUUUUUAUUCAGCUAAAGCCUAUGCAUAUGUGAACAAAUUUAACUCAGUACUUCCACAUCCCAGAGUUAUUCGAUCCUGGUACAGUUCAGUAAAUGCAGAUCCAGGCUUUUCACAAGAAGCCUUCAAUAGCUUAAAGCAAAAAUCAGAGAUCAUUACAGAAUGGAGAAAAGUUAGUUUGUACACUUAUAUUAUAAAUGAUGAAAUGAGUAUUAAAAAGGGAUGCCAGCGUGGCCGUGACCAUGUGAUUCGUGGGCAUGUUGAUAUUUGUUCGUCUUUACCGGAAGACGAUCCCUCAGAGUUACCAGAAUGUAAAGAUGCCUUAGUUUUCAUGGUGGUUCCGCUUAAAAAUAAUUGGAAAUUACUCAUUGCAUAUUUUUUGAUAAAAGGUUUACCAGCUUUUACCAAAAGUCAUUUAAUUAAACAAGCUUUAAUUUGCCUUCACGAUGUGGGUGUUUAAAUUUGUUCUUUGACAUUAGAUGGUCCACCAGAACAUUAUUCGGCUGUCUCGCAAUUAGGUGCCGACUUAAAAAUGAAUGAGGACAGUAAACCUUUUACAUCCAAUGAAUAAAGAGAUCCUCUUUCUGCUUGCGAAGUCGGUAUUAAAAAAUAAUAAUGAGGGAUUAUCUU